AUGCCAGUGUCAACACGGGAUUUGCAAAGAGAGAGACGUGCUUCACGCAUCGCUAUUGAAACACUUACAGCAAUUAACGAAAACUUAGAUUUUUUUAGUACGAAUAAUACUAAUUUAAAUAAUGUACCAUUCCAUGAAAAACUUAGUUUUUGUUACCCAACAAUUUCGACAGUAACAACACCUGACGUAAUCCACAAAGUCGAUUCACAAGCAAUGCACAGCAAUAUUUCAAAAUCGAAAAAGUCUCUAUUUGGAAAAUAUCGCUGGAAAAUGAGUCAUUAUUUUUACAUUCAUUUGAUGGCGUUUAUUUUCAAUGGUCUUUUUGGUGGUCUCAUCAUCUUUUUAAUUGAAAACUAUUCAUCAUCACGUAAUACAUACAUGGUUGUGACGUAUCUUGACGCCUGGUUUACGGCUGUUUCAACCAUAUGUAGCUGUGGCUUGACUACCAUAGAUUUUGCUCAACUUUCUCGUGCAUCACAACUUGUUAUGAUGGGAUUUGCAUUCAUAUCAGGCUUUGCAAUUAGUACAUUACCAGCACUAGUCAUUAAAGCUAAAACAUACAAAUCUGCUUGUAGUACUGAUAGUGAUAAUGAGAAGUGCGAUGUUGAAUAUCACCAAAAUUUACCAUUAUAUAUUCGUACUGAACUAGCACGGUUACCAACACCGGAAAAAUUACGUUAUCAAGCAUAUAUUAUGUGUAUUAUUCUCAUACUCACUCUUUAUUUCAUAAUUUAUACUACUGGUUUUCUUGCUAUUGGAAUAUGGCUUCAUACACAUAGAAGUCCAGAAUAUUUGUUGCAAAACAAUAUUACUCUCAGCCCAUGGUAUGUAUCAGGUAUGCUUACUCUUUUCAGUUUCAAUCAAAAUGGUUUAACACCUUUCUCAACAAGUUUGGCACGCUAUGUUGAUGAUAUUUUUCUCAAUAUAGUAAUAAUUCUGUUGGUAAUAAGUGGUUCAUCUUUCUUUCCAAUUAUUCUACGUAAUUUCGUUUUUCUCCUUCGUCGUGUUACUUCUUGGCAUCACAAAGUUAUAUUUGAGUAUAUUCUUUUAAACAAUCAUCAUCUAUCAACUCUUUUAUAUCCUACAUUACAAACUCGUAUUUAUUUUUUUGUCACUAUCAUAUUAUAUUCAAUGUCAAUAAGUAUUUCACUGAUACUCGAUGUGACUAGCAAUAGUUUACAACAAUAUAGUUUUGGUAUACGUUCUAUGAUUUUUCUUUUUCAAACAAUAAAUCUUCGAUUUUGUGGUUUUCAAACAUUCGAUAUUAGCCUGUUUACAACAGCAACAUUGCUCGUUUAUUUAUUAUUGAUGGCUACUAAACCACAAAUGUUGUGUGCACUCGAUGAAUCACCAUUUGAAAUCUAUUGGUUGACAUUAGAAGCUCAAGCAGAAGUCGAUAGUGAAACAAAUGUAUCAAUGUCUAUGCCAUGGACGUUACAACGUGCAAUGUCAACCGUAUCAGGAGCCAAUACUGAUAUUUCGCCCUUCAAUCAAAUGCAACAAUUUUUACGUCGACAAAGUGUUGCUACGAAAAACCUCGCAAGAAAAGAAUUUUCACGAAGUUUGAAUGAUAAGAGAAGAAAAUCGACAUAUUCAAAACGUAUUAAAGCUUUACGUUUACGUUUAUUUCUUAAUCAUUUCAUUCAAGCAUUAUUUAAACAUACAUUUAAUUUUUUUCUAUUAACGCGAACUUGGUUAUUUGUCUUUAUUUUUCUUAUUUGUGUUAUUGAAUAUCGUCGGAUGGCGCCAAUCGAUCCAGAAAUAACACUUUUAAAAAUUAUCUUCGAAAUUAUAUCUGCAUUUGGUGGUGUUGGAAUGUCAUUAGGCUAUACAAAUACGACGACAAGUUUCGCAUCUGUUCUCUCAUUUGGAAGUAAAAUCUUACUCAUUAUAACUAUGCUUAUGGGUCGACAUCGUGGUUUAUUAGCAUCAAUGAAAGAUCAAGAAGUAAUUGAAUAUAGUGCUAUUAAGAUAUUGACUCGUCAACGUCAAGAAUACAUACUUCGAUAUCAAAAAUCUAAAGUACAUGAAAAUAACGAUGUCAAAGAAAAUGAUAAUGACUCAACAAUUGUAUAUUUCUAG